ACCGGCCUCUAAUAUAUAAAACCACACAUUCCAAAAAACCUAAACUUAUCAACACUACAUAUAUAUACAUACAUAUAUAUAUUGAUAUAUAACCAAAUCUCCUCGCGAUAUGGUGCGGUACCAUUACAACUUAUGGCUCUUCAUUUCAUCGCUCCUUGGCCUGACCGCAUGGACCGCUCGGUCCGUACCACCGGAACCACCGGUCCAAUGCAACCAAACCGGUUGCAUGGUCUCCAACGCGUACGGAGCUUGGCCGGACCGCAAGGUCUGCCAUGCGGCGAACGUAACCUACCCCACGACGGAGGAAGAUCUCCGUCGCGCCGUGGCUUACGCCGUCGAGCACAACCUCAAGAUCAAAACCGUGACCAAAUUCUCACACACCAUACCGAAACUCGCCUGCCCUUCUUCAUCCGGUUCACCCGGUACAAUUCUGGUUAGCACAUCCCGGUACGAUUCGGUUAUCGAGAUAGACCCGGUCCGGUUAACUGUGACGGCGGAUUCGGGAGCCUCGCUGAGGGCAUUGAUCGAUAAGGUUGAAGAAUCCGGGUUUAGCCUCGGAACGUCGCCGUAUUGGGAAGGCGUGAGCGUCGGUGGCUUGAUCAGCACCGGUUCACACGGAAGCGCGUGGGGGGCACGCGGCGGUUCGGUUCAUGACCACGUCGUCGGUCUGAGCCUUGUGGUUCCGGCGAGCUCAUCGGAAGGCUUCGCUAAGGUUAUUAGAAUCGAAGAGAAGGACGCGGAGCUUCUUAACGCCGUUAAAGUCUCGUUGGGCGUUUUGGGAGUUAUCUCUAAGGUGAAGCUUUCGAUAGAAAAAGCAUUCAAGAGAAGCGUUACGUACAACUUCACGUCCGAUGUUGGUAUGGAAGACAUGUUCCUGGAACAUGGGAAGAAGUUUGAGUUCGGAGACAUAACUUGGUAUCCCUCCAAAAAAACCGCCGUUUACCGAUACGAUUUCCGUGUUCCGGUCAACGUGUCGGGCGACGGAGUCAACGACUUCAUCGGUUUUCAGUCCAACUCCAUCUUGGUCACUAAGGGCAUCCGAGCUGCAGAGAAGUUGCUUGAAUCUACCAAAAGCGUGAAAGGGAAAUGCGUGAUGGCAGAUACGGUCAUAGCCUCCAAGAAACUACUCGGAAACGGCUUGAAGAACAACGGCGUCAUCUUUACCGGUUAUCCAGUUAUCGGCAAGCAGGGCAAGAUGCAAACCUCGGGAUCGUGCCUCUACUCGUCUCCCUCGAGAAUCGACGUAGCCUGCGCGUGGGACCCGAGGUACAAAGGGCUUUUCUUCUACGAGACAACGGCCAUAUUCCCGGCCUCUAGAUCCAGAGACUUCAUCAUAGAUGUGAAGAAACUUCGAGACCUAAAACCCGAAAACCUCUGCGGUAUGGACAUCUACAACGGCAUUCUAAUACGUUACAUCAAACGUUCAGACGCCUAUCUCGGCCAAGGCGAGGACUCAGUGGUCGUGGACUUCAACUAUUACAGAUCAGACGAGGCGUCUGAGCCGAGACUGAACGAGGACGUGAUGGAGGAAAUCGAGCAGAUGGCGUUCUUCAAGUACGGAGCAAAGCCGCACUGGGGGAAGAACAGGAGAUUAGCGUUUGCGGGCGUGAAGGAAAAGUACAAGAAUGGAUACGACAAGUUCAUGGGAGUGAGGAACAGGUUGGAUCCUAGGAAGGUGUUUUCAAGUGAAUGGUCUGAUGAGAUUCUGUCUGGGGCAGAGGGUUCGAGGGAAGACAGUUGUGCCCUAGAAGGGAGCUGUGUUUGCUCUGAAGACAGACACUGUAGCCCUUCCAAAGGGUAUUUCUGCAGGCAAGGUCUCGUUUAUACGCAAGCUAGGGUUUGCAGAUACUCUCCUGGUGAUGCUUCAAUGGAGUGAUCUUAUUUUAUGUUCGAAAUUUGGAUUAUUAAAUAAUAAUAUAUGGACCGUUGGGAAUAUUUGUGAUUAUAAUAUAAUCUCAUGCUUUAAAUUGGAGUUUGUCCGUUGCUUCAAAGCGACUGUUGGGGUAUCAGAGUCUGUUUAUUGAUUUGCCGGUUGGCUAAUGCAUGGCCAUGGGGAUGCCUUUUACGUUA